AUGGUGGUGGCUUACGAGGGCCAAUCGUUCGGCGCCCUGCGCAAGCAGUGUCGGCAAAACGGCCUCCUGUUCGAGGACCCGCUGUUCCCCGCCACGGACCAGUCGCUCUUCUACCAGCGCAACCGCAUCGGCAACGUCAUCUGGAAGCGGCCGCAGGAGAUAUGCCAGGAUCCGCAGCUGUUCGUGGACGGCCUGAGCGCCCACGACCUGCACCAAGGCCAGCUGGGAAACUGUUGGUUCGUGGCGGCCUGCUCCAGCCUGGUGUCGCAAGACGGCCUGUGGCAGAAGGUGAUUCCCGACUGGCAAGACCAGGAGUGGAACAAGGACCGGGCCGCUUCGUACGCCGGCAUCUUCCACUUCCGCUUCUGGAGGUUCGGCGAGUGGGCGGACGUGGUGAUCGACGACCGGCUGCCCACCCUCAACGGCAAGCUGGUCUACUGCCACUCCAACAACGCCAGCGAGUUCUGGAGCGCCCUGGUGGAGAAGGCCUACGCCAAGACGUGCGGCUGCUACGAGGCGCUGAACGGCGGCAACACGGCCGACGCGCUGGUGGACUUCACGGGCGGCGUGUCGCAGUCCAUAUGCCUGAGCGAGAGCGGCGCCAAGAACAGCAUGGAGAAGCAAGCCGAGCUGUUCAGGCGAGUCCUCAAAGUGCACGAGAGAGGAGGACUCAUCAGCUCCUCCAUGGAGGCGAUCGGCGCGUCCGAGAUGGAGGCCCGCCUGCCCAACGGCCUGGUCAAAGGUCACGCCUACGCCGUGACGGACGUGCGGCGCGUGCGUCUGGGUCACGGCCUGCUGGCCUUCUUCCGCUCCAACAAACUGGAAAUGAUCCGCCUGAGGAACCCGUGGGGCCGCAGCGAGUGGAGCGGACCCUGGAGCGACAGUUCGGAAGAAUGGAAAAAGGUCAGCAACAGCGAGCGCGAGAAGAUCGGCGUCAUCGUGCAGAACGACGGAGAGUUCUGGAUGACCUUCAGCGACUUCAUCUCCAACUUCACGCACCUCAUCCUGUUGCGCUUGAUCAACACGUCUUACCUGAGCGUGCACAAGACCUGGGAGGAGGCGGUGCUGCGCGGCUCCUGGCGUCGCCACGACAACGUGCUGAAGAACCGGGCCGGCGGCUGCGUCAACAACAAGCAGACGUUCCUCCAGAACCCGCAGUACAUUUUCGACGUGACGAAGAGCGAGGACGAGGCGCUGGUCAGUCUGCAGCAGAAGGACCGCAGAGCCUGCCUGAGACAAGGACGAGGGGAGAACCUGGCCAUCGGCUUCGAGAUCCACAGGGUGGAGUUGAACCGGAAGUACCGGAUGCACGCCCCCCAGCAGAAGGUGGCCGACAGCCCCUACAGCAACACCAGAUCUGCGUUCCUGCGCGUGGACCUGAAAGAGGGCCGCUACGUUAUUCUGCCGACAACCUUCAACCCCAACCUGGAGGGAGACUUCCUGCUGCGCAUUUUCACCGACGUGCCGUCACACUGCAGGGAGCUGUGUCUGGAUCUGCCCCCUCGCACCUGCUGGACCGGUUUGUUUGGUUUCCCGUCGCUGGUCACUCAAGUGCACGUCAUCCAAGCCCAGGCGCUCGGGGGUAAUAACGCGUACGUGAUCAUUCGCUGCGAAGGGCGCACGGUUCGCUCGCCGGUGCACAGCGGCACUCGCAGUCCCGCCUUCGACACCAAGGGGGUGUUCUACAGGAAGGAAGGCAGCGAGCCCAUCAACAUCAAGGUGUACAACUGCAACCGGCUGAUCGACUCGUUCCUGGGCGAGAUGAUGUUGUCCACCGAGUCGGGCGACAUCGACCAGACGCUGCACCUGCGGGCCCAAAGCGGGCGCCGAGACGAGCUGGCCGGCACCCUCGCCGUCUCGGUGGUGACGAGCGCCGUGCUCACCAGCAUCUGAGACGCGCCGCUCGGUCGCCCCUCUUCGUUUGAUUCGACUUGACUUCAUUGAAUUUGGGGGUUUUGAGUUGAUUUGACUUCCUCGUUUUGUUUUAUAAAAUUUGUAGCUUAUUUUAUUUCACUUUUCAACAUAAAUUUAAUGACAUUUCUUUGAUAUCAUUUUCAUGUUCAUCUCUUUUGUUUCAUUUUUUUCUAUUUCAUUACAUUUUUUUUUUAUUUCUUAUAUUUUUUUUAUCCAAUUUCUUAUCUUUUGUAUCAGUUUAAUUUGUAUCUCGUUCAUUUUUACGCCUUUUUUUGCAUUUCUUAAAUGUAUUUUAAUUUCAUCUUUGUUUUGUAAUUUCAUUUCAUCUUAGCUUUCUUUUUUAAUGGAUUUAUUUCAGUGUUAUUUUAUUGUAUGUUUUCUUUUUUUAAUGUUCAUUUCACCUUUAAAUUGUAUUUCGUUUGAUUUGAUUUUGUAUUGUCAGUUUUAGCUCAUUUUAAUUUUUUUUAGGUUUUACUUUGUUACAUUAUAUUUUGUUUUGAUGUAAUUUGAUUUAUGACCUUUUGUUUUGUUUGUAUUUUUUUAUUAUAUUUAAUUACAAUUUAGUGUUCAUUUUAAUUGAAUUUCACUUUAUUUGAUGUUUUAUUUUCAUUUCAACUGUUAAGUUGCAUUUUAUUUCAUCUCGCUAUUUUGUUUUCGAUUCUUUUUUUAAUCCAAUUUUGUUUUAUUUUUCUGUCCUCGUUUUGUUUCUUUUUUACUGCUUUAUAUUUUCAUUCAAUUGGCGUUCGCUCCAUUUUUAUUUUUCAUUUCCAUUUGAUGUAUUACAUUUUUAUUUGAUUUUAUUUAAAUUCAGUUAAAUGUUUUUUUUUUUUUUAAGUUAGAAUUGUAGCUCAAUUCCUUAUUUUAAACGUAUAAGUUGUAUUCUUUUAAUUUUGCAGCACAAUUUUGCUUGUAGUUUGUUUUUACUGGGAAUAAAAUAUCGACAUUGUUCCUCAA